CGUCUGCAAUAACAGACCGGCAGACGUCAGUGAAAAAAGCUGCACCAAACAUCUCUUUGGAGGAGCCAACGGGAGAGAGGAAGCGAAGCUGCUCCUGUGGAGUACAAUUACCUCAAAAUCACUCCUUUACCCUCCUGGACCCAUCGCGGAUUUUCCCCUAAAGCUGCUUUCCUUCCUCAGUCUGAGGCUAUGAGAGGGAGUGAGGAGUCCCAGGCUGCACCAUCAUGCUACUUCUGAGAAGCUGGGAUGAGACUUCGGCUGGCAAAACUCAAGGUAUUACUCGCCCACUCCUCCACCAUGCCUUUCUACUGCUGCUGCAGCCCUUUGUCCUCUCAUGGCAAUACUGGGGCUUUCACCAACCUCUCAGCUCCCCAAGAGCAAGUCAGGCGAGCCCAGCCCCGACAUCAGCCCUCACCUCCAUCACUCCACCGCCUCUCUCUUCUUCUGCUGCUGCUCAGUUUGUUCAUCCCGCUAUCGGUCUGCUACUCAAGGAGAGACAAGGGCGGGGGAGGCGGUGGCCACUUUAUCCCCAUCCCUCAGUCCCCUCCUCAUCACCUGGGUCUGCCCAGUUUUCUGCGUGGACUCAGCAUCGCUGUGGUCCUGGUGGGCAACUCCAGCGAGGUGGCACUGGCUGGGGCCCGGGAGAAGGAGGACUUCCUCCAUAUGGCACCCAGCGUGGAGGUGCUGACCAUGAAUGAGACAGACCCGAAGAGCAUCAUUAAGAGCAUCUGUGACCUCAUGACGGAGCAUUGGCUGCAGGGUGUUGUGUUUGGGGACGACACUGACCAAGAGGCCAUCGCCCAGAUCCUAGACUUCAUCUCAGCCCAGACCCACAUCCCUAUCCUUGGAGUGCGGGGAGGCUCAUCUAUGAUCAUGGCUGCCAAGGAUGACCACUCCAUGUUCUUUCAAUUUGGUCCUUCCAUCGAGCAGCAGGCUUCUGUCAUACUGAACAUCAUGGAGGAAUAUGACUGGUACAUCUUCUCCAUCGUCACCACCUACUAUCCAGGUUACCAGGAUUUUGUCACAAAGAUUCGAAGCACCAUUGAGAACAGCUUCGUUGGCUGGGAACUGGAAGAGGUUUUACUACUUGACAUGUCUGUAGAUGAUGGUGAUUCAAAGAUUCAGAACCAGCUGAAGAAGUUGCAGAGCCCCGUCAUACUGCUCUACUGCACAAAAGAGGAGGCCAACACUAUCUUUGAGGUGGCCCACUCUGUCGGUAUCACUGGCUAUGGCUACACAUGGAUAGUGCCCUCGCUGGUGGCUGGCGACACUGUUGUUGUACCUGCAGAGUUUCCUACAGGUCUGCUCUCUGUGUCCUAUGAUGAGUGGGAUUAUGGUCUAGAAGCCCGCGUACGUGACGGCGUGGCAAUAAUCACUAUGGCAACAUCCACCAUGAUGAUGGAUCGUGGGCCCCAAACCGUGUUGAAGUCUGAGUGCCAUGGAGCUCCUGACAAGAAGAACUCAAUCUCAAGCAACAACAAUGAAGUGCUCAGGUACCUGAUGAAUGUGACUUUUGAGGGCCGUAAUCUGUCGUUCAGUGAGGACGGAUACCAGAUGCACCCCAAGCUGGUCAUCAUUCUGCUCAACAAAGAACGGCAGUGGGACAGGGUGGGUAAGUGGGAGAACGGUUCCCUUUCCAUGAAGUACCAUGUGUGGCCUCGUUACGAGCUAUAUGGGGGGGCAGCAACCAGGGAGGAUGACCACCUGUCCAUCGUGACAUUGGAGGAGGCGCCGUUUGUCAUUGUGGAGGACGUGGACCCGCUCAGUGGGACCUGUAUGAGAAACACUGUCCCCUGCCGGAAACAGAUCAAAAAUGUGAAUCACACAAAGGAGACAGGAAUCUACAUUAAACGUUGCUGUAAAGGUUUCUGCAUUGACAUACUAAAGAAGAUAGCUAAAUCAGUGAAAUUCACCUAUGACCUGUACCUGGUCACAAAUGGCAAACAUGGGAAGAAGAUCAAUGGAACAUGGAAUGGCAUGGUGGGAGAGGUGGUGGUUAAAAAUGCACACAUGGCUGUAGGCUCCCUGACCAUUAACGAGGAAAGGUCAGAGGUCAUCGACUUUUCCGUUCCAUUCAUCGAGACGGGGAUCAGUGUGAUGGUGUCCCGAAGCAAUGGCACUGUUUCACCUUCGGCCUUCUUAGAGCCCUUCAGUGCGGAUGUGUGGGUGAUGAUGUUCGUGAUGCUGUUGCUGGUGUCAGCAGUGGCUGUGUUUGUGUUCGAGUACUUCAGUCCCGUGGGCUACAACCGCUGUCUGGCUGAUGGCAAAGAACCUCAUGGUCCAUCCUUCACUAUCGGUAAAGCCAUUUGGCUGCUGUGGGGUUUGGUCUUCAACAACUCUGUGCCAGUGCAAAACCCUAAAGGCACCACCAGCAAAAUUAUGGUCUCUGUUUGGGCCUUCUUUGCUGUCAUUUUCCUGGCCUCCUACACUGCCAACCUGGCUGCUUUCAUGAUCCAGGAGGAAUACGUGGACCAAGUAUCUGGCCUCUCUGACAAAAAGUUUCAGAGUCCCAAUGACUUCUCACCUCCAUUUCGCUUUGGUACUGUCCCAAAUGGGAGCACAGAGAGAAACAUAAGGAACAACUACCCAGAAAUGCACUCUUACAUGACCAAGUUCCAUCAGAGGAACGUCAACGAGGCUCUGCAGAGUCUCAAGUCCGGCAAACUAGAUGCUUUCAUUUACGAUGCAGCCGUACUCAACUACAUGGCUGGCAGGGAUGAAGGCUGUAAGCUGGUCACCAUUGGUAGUGGCUAUAUUUUCGCCACCACAGGCUACGGCAUCGCCAUCCAGAAGGAGUCGCUCUGGAAGAGGCACGUGGACCUGGCAAUCCUGCAGCUCUUUGGAGACGGUGAGAUGGAGGAGCUGGAGUCCCUGUGGCUGACGGGGAUUUGCCACCACGAGAAGAACGAGGUGAUGUCCAGCCAGCUGGAUGUGGAUAACAUGGCUGGUGUCUUCUACAUGCUUGGCGCUGCCAUGGCCCUCUCACUCAUCACCUUCAUCUGCGAGCACUGGUUCUACUGGCAGCUGCGCUUCUGCUUUAUGGGUGUCUGCUCCGGCCAGCCUGGAUUUGUCUUCUCCAUCAGCAGGGGCAUCUUCAGCUGUAUCCACGGAGUACAUAUUGAGAUGAAAAACAGCUCAGAGAUGAACUCCCCAUCAGCCACCAUGAACAACACUCAUUCCAACAUUAUGCGCCUCUUGCGCACCGCCAAGAACAUGGCAUCCCUUUCAGGGGCAAACGGCUCACCGCACAGUGCUAUGGACUUCAUUCGUCGUGAAUCCUCUGUUUAUGACAUUUCUGAACACCGGCGGAGCCUUGCAGGCCAUUCGGACUGCAAGCCGCCAUACCUCUCAGAAGACAUGUUCGGUGACUACAUCAGCGAGGUGGAGAGGACGUUUGGAAACCUUCACCUAAAGGACAGUAAUCUGUAUCAGGAUCACUACUUGCACCAUCACACUGGUUCAACGUUAGGGCUCAAUGGGCCUCCUCCCAACAGACCGCAUAGUUUGGGCAGUGCCAGCUCUCUGGAAGGUGGCAUGUUUGACUGCGACAGCCUGGGUGGAGGGGUGGCUCCCAUUUUUACCACUCAGCCUUGCUCAGCACUGACCCACAGGAACAUGAGUAAGUUUGACCUCCUGUCUGGACAAACUCCUCCCUCAGGCCAGGGCUUCAAGGGAGGUCUGCCUGACCUCUACGGGAAAUUUUCCUUUAAAGGAGGUGCUUCAAGUUCCACCUAUAUCCCCGGGCAUAGUUAUUGUGGUGGGAGAGGAGAUGACGAUGGAAAUAUACGCUCAGAUGUCUCUGACAUUUCCACACACACAGUCACUUAUGGUAAUCUGGAGGGAAAUGCCAAGAAACGUAAACAGUACCGCGAUAGCUUGAAAAAGAGGCCGGCCUCUGCCAAGUCCAGACGGGAGCUGGACGAAAUUGAACUGGGCUACAGGAGGAAACCUUACCACAUCAGCCACCACCACUAUCAUGGCCACCGCUCUGCCUCUCCGCCACUUCUGCCAUCUGAGCGUAAGAGAGGAGGCAGCGGAGGAGGAAAUGAUGCAAAUUCAUAUCUCUUCAGAGAAAAGGAGAGCGUGAGGGAUUUUUAUUUGGACCAGUUUCGACCCAAAGAGGGUGUUCCUCAGUGGGAACAUGUGGAUCUUACAGAAGGCUCUGGGAACAGGGAUGGAGUAAUGGGUGUGGGGACCUGCACUGCCCUCGUCCCAGUGGAUGACUUCCUUAAGAGCAAACCCAAAAAAUCAGAUUCAAAGGGUGCAGGAGGAUCUGGCCUGGUAGGUGGAGAAUGGGAGUGCCGGAACUGUCGGGCUAGUGGGGGAGCAGGAGGCAAACAGAUGUCCCUGCAUGGAGGAGGGGGUGGUGGUUAUGGUGGUGGCAUGAGCUGUGGGUCCUCAGGAGUCGGGGGAAACAGUCGGCCCAGUUCUGCAACUUGCAUGCGCUGUGAAGGAUGCAAAAAGACAGGAAAUCUCUAUGAUAUCAGCGAGGACAACAACCACCUCUUGGAACAAAUGGGGGGUGGGCAGGGUGGGGGAGUAGGGGGGUUGGGCGCUGGCCCUCAGUCUCAAUCUCAGGCCCAGCAGCGGAGAAAAGGUGGUGGAUUUGGCAAACCACUAAGACGGCAGCAUUCGUAUGACACAUUUGUUGACCUCCAGAGAGAAGAUUCAGGUGGGAUGACAAGUUUGAUGGGGGAUAUAGGAGGAGGUGGAGGUAUGAGUGGUGCAGGAAUCACAGGGAUGCUGCCUCCACCCAGGAGUGUUAGCUUAAAGGAAAAGGAGCGUUACUUGGAGGGCAGCAGCCCCUUCGCACACAUAUUUGAACGACACGGAGGUUCAGAGAGAGAACGGGAAAGAGACAGGGACCCGUUGUUUUAUGGAGGUGAGACCCAGACGGGACCUGGCUCACCUUUUGGACUGUUCAGAGGGGGUGAGGGCCUCCACCACCACUCCAUUGCAGAGAGAGACAUGAGGGACAAAGAUAUGUCCUUGAUGGAAGGAGGAGGUGGGGCUGCGUUCUCUUUAUCCAAAUCUCUUUACCCAGACCGGGUAAACCAAAACCCCUUUAUUCCCACCUUCGGUGAUGACCAGUGUCUGAUGCAUGGAGCCAAACAAUAUUACAUGAAAAAGCAACAGCAGCAGCAACAAGUUGCCAAAAACAGCCGAAGUGACUUCAGGGGCCAGGUUGGUACGGCAUCCUAUGUGCCAGUGUCUGCCACAUCCGGGGUGGUGUCCAACAUGGCUCCGCGGUUCUCAAAAGAGCUUAGCCUCAGUGGGAUGAACCACCAUGGCUCCAUGCUGGGGGUAGCUCCUCCACGUCCUUUCAAUGGAAGCAAUGGCCAUGUGUAUGAAAAACUCUCCAGCAUUGAGUCUGACGUGUGAGGGAGGGGGGUGAAAAAGAAUGGGCGGAAGAGCGAAUAAUGGUGAGGGUGAAGGAAAACACGAACAGAGGCAUGUACUGUUAGGAGAUCAGGGAUGAUUUUAAAGACACUGACCACACACUGAAACCCACCGAAAGGGCAACACGAGGUAAAAAAUGAGUGAACCAGACUAAUGAUGAAAGACUAAAGGGUGAAAUAAGUAGGGAGGGGAAAGAAAAGGACAUAUUGAUUUUUGGAAAGAAGGAAUAAAAGAAAAUCUAGGUAUAAAUCAGGACACCUGAGGAGGUGGGGGAUAUUAAGCCUCCCUCAGAAACGGCCAAAGCUACUCUUCUUUAAUGCCCGCAAACAUUCAGUUAGCAUUACCCUCAACCUCACGAGCGCACUCAAUACAAGUCCAUCAUUUCAUCCGCCUGUGAGGCAGAAGUCAGUGUGCUCGAUUAUUAUCACACCUCAGUCGCCUCAGUCCUUAGUUGGAUUAUUGGACAUGUGAGCCUGGCGAGAUGUGAUGGCUGUCUGAGAGUUCCUGCUGAGUGCUUAUGAGGAGAGACUGUGAGCGUGGAGAGAGGAAAGAACUGCCCAUCUGCCCCUGUGUCAUGGGAGAAAGAAGACACUGUCACAUUUAUCAGAGCCUCGACACGGGGGAUGACGAGUACUUCACUCCUUUGCUGUACGACAGCCUGGCCUGUCCAUCACUCCAUCCCGCACUCUUCCCACUUUUCUGUUCUCCCUCUCUCCUCUCCGUCUCCAUUCCUCCUCCUCAACCCUAAGGCCAAAACAGCCGGUAUCGUUUGCUGUUAGAACUACAAUCAUGAGUGAUAAGAUAUUCUUAUAGAAAAACAGGGUAUAAGAACACCAAUAACCAAUAACAAUAGCAUUGUGAAUAACAAAUAUGUGGUUGUUGACUAUAAUGCUCCUCUUCUUUUUUUUCCUUUUUUUUUUGUUAUGUUGGUAUAAAACUUUUGCUGCCAUUUUUGUAUCCGUAGUUGCAUCAUUUACGUGCCCCUGGUGGCACUUGGAAGUUCUUAGCUCCAUCGAAAGUUCCAACACCUCUAAGAUAUCUUUUUGUUGACAAGUAUUCAACAUUUAAUCAGCAAACAUGCGCACAGGCAGGUCUGUCGGGCUGAACUUUAUUACUGUGAACAUCUUGUUUCAUCAGCAGCAGCAGACAGUGAGAGGAAGGACAUGCCUUAAUGGUCUCCGCUGGACAUUUCCUCCAGUUUAGAUGUGUUGCUUGUGCAGGGGGUGGCAUCAUUUUAGGUGCCCUGUCCACCUUUAUGAGCCACAACUCCAGUAAAAAUCAACAGCAGACCUAAGUUGCUGUAGGUGUUGAUUUAGAUACAAGGUCAAAAAUACACCAUUAGAGAUGCUUUAUAACUUUGUAAAAUCCUUUCACAUAUCAGGUAUGGGCACUUCAUAACUCAGCCGCAUUUUAGACCACUUGUUUUAUUCAAGUUACAAGAUAACGGUCACCAGGCGCUUUACUGUGUUCUGCCUUGCAGCUCUCAUGACUUUACGCAAGUCUGCAGGUGUUGUGGCGUUCUUUCUUUGGACAUUGUAUAUGGUUAAUAUUUGCAUAUAUGCAGAUGAUGUGGUGCAAAAUGCGUAAGAAAAGUGUUGUUGCACUGGGAUAGAGCUUCAGCUGAGGGGAGUGUCUGCAUGAAAGAGGCAGUUUUAACUGCGACUGAGGCGGUGGUGAGCUGGCGGUCUUAUAAAUGCUUUCCAGUGUUUCAUUUUUAGCUGGAGAGGCCUCAUUUAUUGCACAGGACCUUUACUCAGUUCAGGCUCUAAGUAGACAUGCCUUAUCGUCCCAUAACCUCCUCCACGUCGAGCAGUCAAGUGAUGACUCAUCUUAUUGCUGUACAGAAUAACAAAACCUCUAUUAUUCAUUUUAAAGGCUUGAUCUUUGUUUAGCUAUAGCUAUAGCUCAGAAGUGAAAGGGCUGGUGGAGAUUGCACGGGAGAGCUGGCCUGAGAUCAGAGCUGCCGGAGAAUGUGUACUUUGUCAUUUUGGAGUUUGCUCUCAUACCCUAAUCUCGUGUGUGUGUGUGUGUGUGUGUGUGUGUGUGUGUGUGUGUGUGUGUGUGUGUGUGUG